AAUGCAAAGCUUUUUCUUGGCUGACAUUCGUCAGAAAUAUGAGAAUGAAUCAGCAUGCCUUGCUGGAACGCUUGAUAAGCACACCGCGCCAGCCAAUUGCUCGAACUCGAAACCGAACCUCUCUCCAGUUGCAUUUCUCACUGCCAACGCCGCUGUAGUUACACUUUACAUAUACAUACAUAAAUAUUAUUAAAUUCGUAACCAUGAUGUACUCCAAAGCUGAAGUAGUACAGGCCAUCAACAUGUCGCUGGGCGCGAUGCAUUGCACGCGCUGCGCCGACGGCUUCGAGCCCAACGAGAAGAUUGUCAACUCCAAUGGCGAAUUGUGGCAUACGCAGUGUUUUGUCUGCGCGCAAUGCUUCCGGCCUUUCCAAGAUGGCAUCUUCUACGAGUUCGAGGGACGCAAGUACUGCGAACGCGACUUCCAUGUCCUUUUCGCACCGUGCUGCAACAAAUGCGGCGAAUUUGUCAUAGGACGCGUCAUCAAGGCCAUGUCAGCCAGCUGGCAUCCACAGUGCUUCCGUUGCCAGUUGUGUGCCAAGGAGUUGGCCGAUUCCGGUUUCAUACGCAAUCAAAAUCGUGCGCUAUGCCACGAAUGCAAUGCCAAGGUGAAGGCCGAGAUAACCGGUCGCUAUGUAUGCCAAAAGUGCCACGGACUCAUCGACGAGGAACCUCUGCGCUUUCGUGGCGAGGUUUAUCAUGGUUAUCAUUUCAAUUGCACGGCCUGUGGCACUGAGUUGGACUCCACAGCCAGAGAGGUUAAGAGCCGUCCAGGAUUGGCGGCUAAUGAUAUGAACGAACUGUAUUGCUUGCGUUGCCAUGACAAAAUGGGCAUACCCAUUUGCGGUGCCUGUCGUCGACCGAUCGAGGAGCGUGUGGUCACUGCCUUGGGCAAGCACUGGCAUGUGGAACACUUUGUAUGCGCCAAGUGCGAGAAACCCUUCCUGGGACAUCGGCAUUACGAAAAGCGUGGAUUGGCAUAUUGCGAGACGCAUUAUCAUCAGCUCUUUGGCAACUUGUGUUUCGUCUGCAAUCAGGUUAUUGCGGGUGAUGUUUUUACCGCCUUAAAUAAGGCCUGGUGUGUACAUCACUUUGCCUGCUCCGUGUGCGAUACGAAAAUGACGCAAAAAUCCAAAUUUUACGAGUACGAUGAAAAGCCCGUGUGCAAGAAGUGCUACGAUCGUUUCCCCAACGAGCUACGACGUCGUCUGCGCGACGCCCAUGAGAAUACCAUGAAGAAGAACGUCUAGAUCCGCACACACGCAAGCAUAUACAAAAAUAUGUGUAAAGUCAAAGUGCGUUCUGGUCGCCGCACUGUCGACGACUAUUUCAAUAUUAGCACAAAUGCGCCUUAGUUUCUGUUUGUAGUUGUCUUUGUCGUUGUCCACUUAUGUCGCUCCUAACACUGAAGCAUUUUUAAUUUAACCCCCAGGAUGCUCCUAAUAUAGUUUAAAUGUAACAGUCAAGCAUGGCAAACUUUUGUGGUUUGUGAGGAGUUCGCUUUUUCCGCACUGUAUUUUGUUUGUAUGUAAUUUCUAAUAUGUAUGGCAAAGAUGUAUUAACAGCUUUUAAUGUUGUUAUUUAUUUGAACUUAAUUUAUGUAUGUUUUUAAUAUAUACCUAUGAUUGAACAUAUUUAUAUGUAUAGUCGGUCUCGAAGAAUUUGCUUUGCUUUAUUUGUAAACCCAACUCAAAGUUGCAAAAAGGUGCCAAAAAUGAGGCAAAAAUUCAAAUUAUGCGCAAUUGGUGGUUGCUUUUCUGGCUUAUUGCAUUUAAAUUUAGAACCGUUAUUUGCAAAGUAGCAUAAAAGUGUCGCCGAGAUCGAAAAUAUAAUUUCCAUUUGAUAAAUGUAUACAACAAUGUAACUCAGAAUAUGCCUUAAUGUUUUUAUAUCGCUGUAAUAAAAAAUUUGUAGAAAGCCAAAACGAUUACAAAUUA